UUGCUCCAAUUCGAACGGUCUCCGGUCCCCAUUCCGUUCCGUUUCCUGGGAUGGGAUGGGACACACACGGGCACACCCUCGGCUCGACCCGACUGCCCCCGACUCGACGCGACCGAUUACAGCUCCACCCUUACCUUCCUUGCCCUGCCAUGGCGCCUCUUCCCCGCCUCCGCUUCCGCUUCCCCCAUCUCUCUAAACCCUAGAACGCCGGAACGCGCCAAAUCAAUCGCGCCCCAGCUCAGAAUCUGCACCAAAUCGAACGGGAAAGAACGAAAGCGAAGGAAGCAGCUCUCGAAUCCAGCAAUGGAUCGCUCCCGCUCGAAGCGCGGCUACCACUACGACCAGGACUCGCCGCCGCCCCGCUCCAAGCCUCGCUUCGACCGCAGAAGCAGCGGAGGCCAGAAUCCUAACUCCAGCUACCAUCGCCGCGGCCCCCCUGGUGGGGGCGGAGGAGGCUCUGACCGCCGCGGAUUCCUCCCCUCUGACGCCGCACCGCCUCCGCCCCCGCCGCCGCCUCCCCCUCCUUCGUCGACCGCGGCGGGGAUGCCGGGCGGUGGCCCCGCCGCGACCACCACCACCUCCUUCCGCAUCCUGUGCCCCGAGUCCAAGGCCUACGGCUUCCCGACCGGCUUCGUCGCCAAGGUCCGGGAGGACAGCGGCGCGCUCGUCAACGUCCACCCGCCCUUCGCGGGUGACUACGUCCGGGUCAUCGAGACGGUCGACGGCGCGCGGCGCGAGGCUGACGGGCGCCCGCCCAUGUUCUCCCCGGCCCAGGAGGCGCUCCUCAUGGUUCACCGCCGGAUCCUCGAGACGGACGCCGAUGACGGGGACGAGGACGGCGAGUACGGGCCCAGGGGGAAGGACCCCCGGGACAGGGGGAAGACCACCUCGCGAUUGAUCGUGCCGCGCCUGCACGUCGGCUGCCUGCUCGGCAAGGGUGGGAAGAUCAUCGAGCAGAUGAGGAUGGAGACCAAGACGCACAUCAGGAUCCUGCCGCGUGACCAGAAUACCCCGCGGUGUGUGUCCUUGUCGGAGGAGGUUGUCCAGGUUGUUGGAGACGGAAAUUGUGUUAAGAAGGCUGUAGCAAUAAUCACUGAUCGUCUAAAGGAAAGCUUACACCGUGAUCGUGGUCCCUUCCGUGGGCGGAUGAAUUCACCAGAGCCUCGAAUUUCUCAGGAAGAUGAAUAUAUGGGUGGCAUUCAGCAGAUGCCUGCAUAUGAAGAACCUUAUGGACGACCUGAUCAGAUUAGGAACAACAUCAGCAUGGAGCCACCAGGAUAUGAGUUUGAUUCAAAUGGCGGCAAGGUCAUUGAACAUCCAGAGAUUCAGUAUGAUAAUAUCAUAUUUCGAAUUCUUUGCCCAAAUGACAAGGCUAACAGUUUAGUUGGAACGCAUGAUGGAAUAAUAGAGAUGCUACAGGAAGAUGUUGGUGUUGAUGUUAGGCUUACUGAUAUUAUUGCUGGUUCUGAUGAAAGGGUAGUAAUCAUCACAUCCAGAGAGGGCCCAGACCAUGAGUUUUUCCCAGCUCAGGAAGCACUUCUGCACAUCCAAACUCAUAUUGUAGACCUUGGCCCUGACAAGGAUAACAUUAUCACAACAAGACUACUUGUACCUUCAAGUGAAAUUGCUUGCUUUGAGGGAAGGGAUGGAUCAUUAUCUGAUAUACAGAGACAGACUAGUGCAAACGUACAGAUAUUACCAAGAGAAGAUCUUCCAUCCUGUGCUCUAGAGUCUGAUGAACUCAUACAGAUUGUCGGAGAGAUUAGAGCUGCUCGGAAUGCUCUUAUGCAAGUAACUACGAAAUUAAGGAGUUACUUGUACCGUGAGAUGUCUGGUCCUAUUCAAGUUGGCAACACUAAUGUGCAUGGACCCAUUUCUCCAGCAAAAGGCUCACCUCGAGGAGCAUACCAGGGAAAUGAUAUUCCAAUGGCUGCUUACCACCAAGCACCACAAUUGACAAGUUCAUGGCACUCGAAGGAUAGUGCAGGCAGUGCAAGUGGAUCAUUUGAGCGUGGUAGCAACAUUAACGAUGAUAUCAGGCAAAGUACUACAAAACGAUUCGCUGUUCCUCUAGUGACUAGAAGCAUAUUAGAAGUUGUCAUACCAAAGAGUGCUGUCGCAAGCCUCACAAUGAGGGCUGGUAGCAAGCUGGCCCAAAUAGGCGAGAUGUCUGGUGCCACUGUCACUCUUGCUGAAGACAGACCUGAAGUAAUGGAGAAAGUUGUUCGAAUAUCUGGUACCCCUGAACAGGCUGACAAAGCUCAGAGUUUGCUGCAGGGAUUUAUUCUUAGCAUCCAAGAUGACAUUCCUUCAGGCUAGUUGAUGACAUUGGUCUUCAUUCCAUAGUUUUUUAUUUUAUGGAUUUUCCUUUGUAUUUUGGGAUGGAAUGCAUCUAAGUCCAUGUCUAUUAGUUGUUUUCAUGUAUUAUUCUAGCUGUAAUGCUAAGUAGCCAAAAUGUGCUUUGUUUCCAGUUUGUCUUACUGUCUUGUGCUUAAGUGGUGGAUGGGGAUGCAAGAUAGUGGAUGAUCAUUUUUUAAAACUGAUUCAAUUUUCAAAAUCCA